GGAGCGUCACGGAUAUAUUAUGUAAUCUGUAUUGUGACCGUAGGAUACUCACCAACACAGGGUAUCCAAUAUCGCCGUUGCUAUUCAUUUUUACCAUUCGAACGGCGAAUGCAGAAUGAAAAGACUAUGCGGCGAUCUAAUUUUAUCUGAACAAGGAAGAGAACGGCUAAAAAGUGUCCAACUAAGGCAGAAAAGAACACAAGGAGAGUCACGACCCCCCCCACCGGGUGCUUCUCUUUUGUAAAGAUCGUAGUCAGUGGAUCCCCCCAACGGAUUCUUUUGAGUUCGGUUUUCGCCGCAGUGCCGGUUGGAAGUUGCGCGCGCCUCUUCAGAGGGGACUUCCCCCAACCGCAAGCAACCAGAUUUGUUUUGUCGAUAUAAACGUACCCGCCCGUGCGGGGAUACUCACUCGCCUCUGCGUGUAUUCGCCAUUCAUUUAUGUCGUAUUGCGGAAGGGGUCUGCCAUCAUCGUUCGAAAUCGCGCCAGCACUCUAACCGAACCCCUCAGAGAUCGAGGAUCGCGCAUCUCAGGCCCCAAAGACAGUACCGAGUCGGCCACAUCUCCCUCCUUCUCUUUUUCUCACAAUAAAAAAAGCCAUGGUCUUAGACAAGAAAACCUGGGACUCUUCGGAUGCCCUGCUCGCCAAGUUUGACGCCAAUCACGACGGCCUCAUAGACUAUGACGAGUUCAGGAGCAUGUGCGUCGAGCUAUUCGGGCCCGACGAGGUUGAGCGACACGAGUACAGGGUCAGGGACAUAUUCGACAUCCUUGACCUCGACGAAGACGGAUACCUCAAUCGCGAGGAAUGGGAAAGGUGUUACAACGAAUGGACGUUGGUCGUGGUGAAUCCUGUGAAUGUUUUAAUCGUGGUCGACGUGCAAAACGAUUUCAUCGAUGGUUCGCUCGCGCUCCGACACUGCGGUAAGGGGCAAGACGGCAUUGAAGUAAUCGAGCCGAUAAAUCGAUUGCUGGCUGAGGUAAAGUGGCACAAAGUUGUCUACUCCCUUGAUUGGCACCCUGAUACGCACAUUGGGUUCUAUGAAAACCUUGGCCUUCGCGAGCUCCACUCAGAUUCUAAGAUCUCCAAAGAGGAGGCCAAGCUCUUUGACACAGUCGUAUUCCGCGAUCCAUACUUGGAACAGCGAUUGUGGCCGAAGCAUUGCGUAAUUGACUCCUGGGGGGCCCAGCUGCACAAGGAUCUGGUGAUAGCGCCAGGAUCAGGCAAGGUGCGAAAGGGCCAGCAUCCGGACAUGGAGGCAUACUCAGUGUUCUCAGAUAACAACUGUGCGGACUCGCGAGAGCUGCUGAACAUCCUGGAGGAGGUCGGAGCGACGGACCUAUACGUGUGUGGCCUCGCUUACGACGUCUGCGUGAAAGCGACUUGCCUCGACGGUCUUCGACUCGGUUACCGGCUGGCCGUCGUCGAGGACUGCUGCCGUGGCGUCAACCCCGUCGACGUCGAGGACACACGGCGCCUUAUCGAGGAUGGUGGCGGCCUGCUGACCGAUUCGCAAGCUGUGCCGCGGUUCGUCACCGGAGAUACCCGCAGUCUCGUGAUGGCUCUGCAGCUUGCCAAGUCAAUGGCAAAGAAACAUGGCGCCGUGGUCUCUCGUGCAGAAUAAUUGCAUCGGAUGUAGCGUGGCGUCGCUCGUUGUCAACCCACCUCACCAUUGCAGAGUUUGCCCUUCCCCCUCCCCGUGCUUGCUACUCACGUCUUACUUACCUGUAGCGUCACUCCGUAGUCUUCUCUGGUUUUUAAACAAAUUUGAACUGCGUACCGCUUUGGAUGAAUUAUCUCCUCACGUGAGUUCAUUCAUGUGCGUUAGGCAAGUAUUUUUCUCUAGUCUCUCUAUCGCCGCAACAAACAUACGCCGCGACUGCAGUUAUAGGGUUGCACAAAGUACGACUGCACGUGAAUAACUGUGGCGUUUGAUGAAAUUUAAUUUAAUUUUUAUUCCUCAUCUUCGCAAAUAAUGCAUAGGUAUUACAACUUACUUACUUACUAUUAUGUAACGGUACACAAGUCUUUAAUCAAUCAUAGCAUUCGUACAUAUGUAUGUAUCUAUUUAUAUAUGUACAAUAGAGCGUAUCUCCGUGUGUUAUAUCACUAUGCUACGGGCAAGGCAAAGUAUGUACUAUAUAACGAUAAUAAAUGCUAAAAUAAUAAAUAUAAA